AUGUGGUUUGUUCAUAUCAUCUUCACCGUACUAUUGGCUAAACCACUGCAACGAGCACAACUUUUUGUUACGGAUGGUAUUCCGGAAAAACUGAAAGCUGUGGUGAUGUGCUUCAAACGAAAACUACGACGCACAGCAAAGAAAGGUACGAGAAUUUCAUCAGGUCUUCCACAACUAAAAGAUCAGAGCAAUUCCAUUCCACCCCAAGAUAAAUUCGUAUCUGAUUAUCAUCAAUCAGGAGUUGAUAUCAGUACGAAUAGUUCAGAUGACGCCAUUUCUGCUUUAAUCGUACAUUCCACUGCUCAUGGUUAUGAAACAAUGAUUGUAAAGUCGAAGUUAACUCGGAUGAUGUCUGAUGAAAAUUUUGCAAGCUGUGAUGUAAGUCAAAGUGCACCACCAACACCACUUCCGACACGUAUUAUUGCUAACAGCAUUGUUGAUAGCCAAAUAUCACUCAACAAUACAACGACAUCAGCGCCUGGUAUAAUAUCCGCUGGAGUUAACAGUAAUUUUCAGAAUGUACCAUCCAACAAUAUAUCUACCAUCGAUAGUUUUUACAAAGGACUCUUUUCCUGUUUCAAACCAAUGUGGACUUAUUUCGGACGAUCAGCCGAAUCAUUAUCAAAUGGAAUGAGUAAAUCAACUACAAAUUAUUCGGAUGAUAAUUGGGAAAUACCAUUUGAAACAAUCACUCAUUUGGAAUGGCUUGGUUCAGGAUCUCAGGGAGCUGUAUUUAGUGGUCAACUGAAUGAUCGUUUAGUUGCGGUGAAAAAAGUGAAAGAUAAAUCGGAAACGGAAAUUAAACAUUUGCAGCAUCUCAAUCAUGAAAAUCUCAUUAAAUUCAUAGGCGUUUGUACUCAAUCACCGUGUUUUUGCAUAGUAAUGGAAUAUUGUGGUCAGGGACAACUUUAUGAAGUAAUUCGUAGUGGUCAUCACAUUGUAAAAGAUACAUUCGGCGAAUGGGCUCGUCAAAUUGCUGAUGGAAUGAAUUAUUUGCAUCAGAAACGUAUCAUACAUCGCGAUCUCAAAUCGCCUAACAUUUUGGUUGAUAACAGUGAUGUAUUGAAAAUUUGUGAUUUUGGUACAUCACAUCAAUGGGAUAAGGAAAAAAGUAUGGUGAUGUCAUUUUGUGGUACUGCCGCUUGGAUGGCACCUGAAAUUAUUAAAAAAGAACCAUGCUCUGAAAAAGUCGAUAUUUGGAGCUUUGGUGUUGUGUUGUGGGAAUUGCUGACACAAGAAAUUCCAUACAAAGAUGUCGAUUCAAUGGCAAUCAUUUGGGGUGUUGGAUCGAAUAAUUUGAGCCUACCAAUACCAGAUACUGCCCCUGAAGGAUUGAAAUUGUUGCUGAGGCAGUGUUGGAGCAUUAAACCCCAGAAUCGUCCUUCUUUCUCGCAAAUUUUAAAGCAUAUCGCAGUUUUCAAGUCUGAGAUUGCAAAUAUUUCCGAUAAACAAUGGCUGGAAAAAAAGGCAGGCUGGAAAGCAUACGUUAUUCAAUAUAUGAAAGGGAUCCGACAAGAGAAAGCGAUGGCGCAGAAGAAGGAUGUGCUUAACGAACGUGAAUUACUUCGAAUGAGGCGUGAGGAAUUAAAACAUGCGCAGGAUAUUCGAGAAAUGUACGAAGAUAAGCUAAGACGAGCAACUAAAAUUUAUUCAAAAUUGAAGCAAUGUCUGGAUGACUUGGUAGCGCGUGAACGG